AUGGGGCACCGACUAGCCGCCCUUACGCUAGUUCUACUAACAAUUCGUGAGUUUUCAAUUAAAUUCUCGUAAUUUUCUCUAAUUCUUGUUUUGCAGUUGUGAAUAGCCAGCAGUCCCCGUACGCCUCACCCGACACCACAUGCCCGCCCUACUUCAACGGAAGCAUCGCCGGAAGCUCCUGCAGCCAGCAGGUACCAAUUGUGACCGCGUUUUUCGCAAAAAAUUGAGUCUUUCAGUAUUCAAUCUGUGUGAAUGGAGUACGGCAGGAUGCCACGUGUACCGACGGCUACGUCUUCUACCAAACUGGAUGCGUGCCGGCCGGGGAGUCGCCCGAAUGCCAAGUCGACGAAGACGAAGAGCAAGAGGAGCCCGAUUUUGAUUGCAGCCAGCAAGAGGACGGAGAAUUCUCUGUGGGCUGCGUCAAUCAGUUUGUAAAGUGUGUCGCCGGCAACGCCUACACAAUGUACUGUCCGGCGAGCCUCGUGUACAACGGCAAGUACAAAAAGUGUCUGGAGACGUGCGACGACAUCGAAGAAGAGGAAGAGGAGGAGCCAGAAGAGCCCGAGACGACGUCAGACGCCUACACCCAAGAAGAAGACAAUGACGAGGUCGUUUCCACAGAAGCGCCGAGCUCCGACGAGUAUGCGGCGACGAGCGAGCAGCCGGAGGAGCAGGAGCCCGUGGAAUUCGAUUGCACCGGACAGGAGGACGGAAUCUACGCUGACGGAUGUGUCGGACACUUUUACAUGUGCGCCAACAACGUCGCCUUCAAGAAGUUGUGCCCAGUGGGAACUGUCUACAAUCCAAGCCAGAGUAUGGACAAUUUUUUCAGAAUUGUGGUCUAAUUUUCCUGGCAGACAUAGUUCUCAGUGUCUGUCUUGAAAGUUAGGAUCUCAUUUGAUCCGGAGUUGUUUUGAUUUUUGUGUAAAUCACAAUAUAUCCAGAUCGGAUUAUCCUAUUGAGCUGAAACUUAUCAGGAAUGCUCAGGCUUUUCGAAAGCCUAAACUUUUGGCCCACUCGCAAUAAUCAAUUAUCCGAUCGGUCCCUAACUUUUCAGGCUUCCUGGAAUUGCAAGUGGGUGAAAACUCCAGGCCCUCGAAAAGCUCGAGUCAAAUCCACAUAUUUUGCAGAAGCUUGCGAUUACGACUGCCAGCCGCUCACCACCACUUCCACCGAGGCCUACGAGACGUCCACUGAAGCCGAUGAGCCGUCAACAACGACCACCUCAACCGUCGGAUACACCGAGGAGCCGUCGACGACGCCUCAAGAAGACGUGCCGGAGCCAGAAUACAGCACGACGACACCACAGGAUGACGUCACCUCGACGACGACUUCUGGCUACCAGACGACUCCUGGAUUCGACGACGAAACCUCGACAACCACCACCACCAGUACCACCCAGGCUCCGGUCCGAGUUUGCCACGAAGGACAGGUCACCACUUUCGGCACGUGCUCUUCGCGCUUCACUCGGUGCCAGAACAACGCGGUGCGCUCGAAGCAGUGCCCGGUGAACACACUUUUCGAGUCGUCGCUCCUUCUGUGCGUCUUCGAGCUGCCGCAGUGCCAGCCGGUCAGCGUGCCGGUCGCCUACAGUCAGCCGACUUACCUGCAGCCGGACAUUGUGCUCAGUCCGUUCGACGACAAUGUACGUCUGCGGCCGCGCUUCGACGAUCGCCGCACGCACUAUCAGACGCUCGUCGACAAUCCGUUCUUCGUGCCGUCCUCACACCAUCAUCGUCCGAACCAUCAUUCUCGUCACGAGGAGCGUCGUCAUCAUCGUGGACGUCAGUUUUUGCAGACUUGUCAACGGGGCGGCUGAUAACUCGCUUCAGAAUCAAAAGUGUGCGUAGAACAACAUAUCGGAUUGUAGAUCUCGAUGAGUUCUACAAUGCGACAACAUUUUCUGGCGCCGCCCGCGCCAGAAAUCUACAAUCUGAUAUGUUAAUCUGCGCCCAACUUUGACUUUGAAGCGAGCUAUCGGCCGGUCUGAAUUUUUGCGUAUGUUUUCCCGAAUUUACACAAUUUCUUUAGCUGUCAUCGAUUCUCCGUUCUCGACGCACUUCCGCCGACGCGCCGUGCUCAACGACGGCUUCAAGGACUUCCGACGCGUGCGAACCGACAAACUUCAGUACGGAAACGCGCGGCGAGUCGUUGGAACGAAGCGCUUCCUGAUCGACGAUCAGUUUGAGGGACCAAAGGCCGAUUUCAUCCAGUCCGACAUUGAGAACAUUUUCCCGAAGGGCAGAUCGAACCGUCGGUUGGGACCACGCGAGGAUCCGGACGGCUACGAGGACGGAUCCGGAUUUGAGCCGAAGGAUCUGUUCGGGGCGACGAGACGCAAGCGUUCCGCCUACUACGGAGCCCAGCCGAUCGGAGGAUAUGGCCAGCAGCCGAGUCCGCAGAUCAGUGCCCGUCAGGCGCAGGUCAACCGGGACUGCCAAGCGUACACCACCGCCACGUUCCUCACGUUCGGCGACUGCUUCGAUCAGUUUAUCUACUGCUCAGGCACCGGCGUCAACCGAAUGGCCGCGUGUCCGAUCGGCGAGUCGUUCGACAAAGGUCUCGCCGCGUGCUCGGAGACUUGCGGUGCGAACACAGUCGUGACUGGACCCACUGGAACUUCGACCGGAACCCAAACCUCUUCGGAUGAUGUGACGACGUCGUCUUCUGUCUACGGAAACGGCCAAACCACCACCACAACGACCACAGCCCCAGGAAACGGCUACACCAUCACUGCAACGACCACUGUUCCAGGAAACGACGAGCCGUCGACCAUCGGAUCCAUCCAAUACGUGACGACGACUCGUGCUCCGAUCGGCGAUCGUUGCUCUGACGUCUCCUCGGGAUUGUUUGCGAUCGGCUGCUCGCAAAAGUACAUUCAGUGCUCUAAUGGCAACGCCGUCGUCCGCAUCUGCCCUGCCGCGCUCUACUUUGACGAGACGAUCGCGUCGUGCCAGUUCAGAAGCCAAGUCGCUGCCUGUGAGAGAAAUCGCGUGAUGUUUGUACUGUUAUUCUUGUUUUUCAGGUCAAGGGCAGGAUUCCUCAUCUACUUACUCGCCACCACAAGAUCAGCCGUCGACAACUGUCGAAUACGGACCAGAGACGACGACGGGACCGGCGCAGGAGCAACCAUCCACCACCACUUCUUCCUACGGAGGAUCCACGGACCAGCCAGCCCAGGAACCGCCGACGACUUACUCUCCAUCGGUCGCCCCCUACAACCCGAUCGCCGCGGACGACGCGUGUGCCGGACUUUCGGACGGCGCGCACGGCCAAGGCUGCUCCUCCUCGUACAUUGUGUGCUCUUCCGGUCGCCUUUUGAGGGUCGUCAACUGCCCGCUCGGCAAAGGAUUCGAUCCGACCGUCGAGUACUGCCGUACUUUCAGCCUGAUCCCUGCGCAAGCGUGCAAUCCUACCGAAACCACCACUGGUCUGUUGCAAAAUCUGUUGUUUUUCUUUUAAUUUCUUCAUUUUUUCAGAUUCCGGACUCGUGCAGCCAGUUCCCUACUACACCCUGGGCGAUGUGCUGACCUCCACCGUGCAGACUUCUACUUCUACGGAUUCUGGAGAUGACGUCGCGACAACAACUUCUACUGGAGCUUCAGCUGAAGAGUACGUCACUUCCACAUCCACCAGCGUCACUGUCACCGAUUCGUAUUACGAGCGAAAUGCAGUGGAAGAAGCGGAGGAACAGGAGGAGGAGACGUACGAGGAAACCAAGUGCACUCCGGGAACUCGCGUCUCGAUCGGAUUCUGCAACCGUCGCUACCAGGAGUGCGGCGCCACCGGCGAGUACUUGGAAAAGUCGUGCCGCGUCGGAAAGCUGUUCGACGAGCACCUCAACAAGUGCGUCGUGAAAAUCGCGUGCGGAAAGGACGCCAUCCGGCAGGCCGUCCAAGAAGUAUGUUUUUUCUUUCUUUUUUUCAAUUCACAAUCAUUUAUUUUUUCCAGGCCAUCGCCACGACGUCGACAGUGUCGCCACGCAAGUUUGAUCAGCGAUGCGCGUACAUUUCGGGCGAGGCUCCGUUCGCUCUCGGCACGUGCAACACUCGCUACGGUUUCUGCACGCACGGCGAGUCGUCGAUUCGCUUCUGCCCGGACAACACGGUCUUCUCGAUCGCCGAGUCGAAGUGUGUCAGCCGUGGGGACGAGUGCGCUCGCAAUCCGAUCCAGAAGCCGCCCGUCAAGAGCUACUACAACAACAACGGCAACGCCGCCGAGUUUUGCGACGGAAAAUACGACGGUCUCUACGGAAACACGAGGGAUUGCAGAGCAAUUCUACAGGUACCUAUAAUAGCGCUGUUUUUUUGUGUCGUGGUUUUUGCGGACUACCGUCGUAAACCGUAACUGCCGAGCUCCACCCACAACGGUAGACUGCAAACACCACGCCGCAAUAAUAAUUUCUAGAUAAAACUUUUUUCAAUUCUAUCAUUUUUCAGUGCUUCGGCGGAGAGCUGUUCGAGCACGCGGCGUGCCCGUCGAACCUGGCGUUCAACGAGCUGACCGGCAAGUGCGACUACCCGCAGAAGGUGAGCGGAUGCGAGCAGCACGGACGAACCGACGGCGUCUGCGCGGAGCACGGCGCGUUCAUCGCCGACGACGACAACUGCUCGGUGUUCUACCGCUGCGUGUGGGGCCGCAAAGUGAUGAUGCGCUGCCCGUCCGGGACUGUCUUCAACCCGGCGCUUUCGGUGUGCGACUGGCCGAACGCGGUUCCCGCGUGCGGUGCCGGAGGAUCGGACAGCAACUACUCGACGUCGUCGUACGACAACAACAACAACAACUCUGGAUAUUGA